UGUCCACUCCACACUCGCACGGUCACACCACACGGACCUCGUUCGUCCACACGCCACAGCCACACACACUCCAAGCUAGUGGUUACCAUCUCAGCACCUCGUCGGAGAACACAGCAACCUGCCUGCCAGUCCGAGCAAGAUGAAGACGAUGGCCUCGUCCGCCUCCUUGCUCCGCCCUUCCACGCUCGCUCCAGCCUCCUCGCCUCGCCUUCCGCGUCGAGCGCCCGCCCCCGCGCAGCUCGUCCUCCGCUCCAGCCCCCGCCGUCCCCGCGGCGUCUCCCUGACCGUCGCCGCCGCCGCGUCGCCGGACGUCCAGAAGCAGCCCUCCUCGUCGCCCCCUCCGCCGCCGGUCGAACCCUCCGACCUAUCGGCCGUGGCGGAGAGCGUGAAGGUGCUCAAGGACGCGGCCAAGACGAGGAAGGUGCCGGCCCCGGAGGUGCUGGCGGCGCUGGCAAAGAUCAAGAAGGCGAAGCUCGACACCUCCACCUUCUUCGAGACGCUCGGCGGGGCCGAGUCCCCCGGCAGGACGUGGAUGCUCAUCUUCACCGCCCAGGGCAGCAAGCUCGAGAAAGGCAGCUACUUCCCGGUGACCGCCGUCCAGCGCUUCGACGCCGCGGGGCAGAGGAUCGAGAACGGCGUGUACCUGGGCCCGGCGGGGAGCUUGACCUUCGAGGGGCGGCUGUCAUGGAAGAAGAAGAUGCUGGCCUUCGUCUUCGAGAGGGUGCGCGUCAAGCUCGGGCCGCUGCCCUCCCUGGAGAUCCCCUUCGGCGGCGGCGACAUGAGCAGGGAGCCGAGCACCAAGGACCCCUUCUUCUUGUGGUUCUACGUCGACGAGGAGAUCGCCGUCGCGCAGGGCAAGGGCGGCGGCACCGCCUUCUGGUGCCGCUGCAAGCGCGUCCCGGCAUGACGGCCAAUGUCCCGUUCGGUUUAGCGCCGGAAGCAUCAGGCUCCCUCUCGCUUAAUUUCUCUAGUCUGUAGCCAUUGUUUCCAUGUUCUUCAGCUUACUGUACACUGUAAUGUAGACGGAUGACGAAAUAUUCGAACGAUACGAUGUAGUACUCCAUGUUCUUCUUUUUUCUUUCUGUAACAGUGGAAGACUUUUUGUAUGUAUAUACGUAUGCUAUUUUGUAUUCUCUUCUAUAA